GCACGUACGCAUGCGUGAACUUGGAUUUCCGGUAUCCAACUGGAUUACGGUCCGCACUGGUAAUACACAAAAAUGUAAACAAAAUAAAUGGCGGGAACUUGUUAAAAAUAUCAUCAUGUCAGAAAUAGUAGAAUACGGAGAGGAAAACGAAGAAGAAAUAGAACUUACUGCAGCUGAAGUUUUACAACAACUAGAACAAGCAUGGUUAAAUGAGAAAUUUUCACCAGAUCUGCUUGAAUGUAAAGUAGAGUUAGUAGAAUGCAUGAUAGAUCAGAUAACAGAAAUGGAAGAAAACAUCAAAAGAGCCAAGAAAGGCGAUUUCAAAAUUAGUAUACACAGGAUGGAGAUAGAUAGAAUAAGAUAUGUUCUCAGCAGUUAUCUAAGGUGUAGAUUACAGAAAAUUGAAAAGUAUACGACAUAUAUUUUGGAACAAGACAAACAAAGAAAGGAAGAAGAACCAUGCAAAUUAUCUCAAGAAGAAUUUACUUUUGCAAAAGAAUAUGCAGAAACCUUAGAAGAACAUUUAAGGAAUGUAGCACUAAGACACAUGCCUCCAAACCUACAGACAUUAGAUCCUAAACAGACAGCUGUAAAGCCAAAUCUUGAAAAGUAUGUCUUCAUGAAGGUUAUAGAAGAUACUGAUGGUGUCCUGGUAGAAGAAGAAACAUUGGAUACUGGGGAAGAAAUAGUAGAUUUACAGAAAGGAGACCAGCAUAUUAUGCGAUAUAAACCAAUAUCAUCUCUGGUAUCAUCUGGUGCUGUGACGUUAAUAUGAUUCAUAUUAUUAUUUUGUUUGUUAUAAUAAAAUACUAUUCAAU